UGUGAAUACUAGGAGCACGCAGCAGGGUUAACAGGCUCGGUUAGUGCACGCCGCGGGGCCGUGCCCGGGCAUGGGAGCGUGCGCGUUCCCGCUACAGAGCGACAAGAUGGCGGUCGCCGCCGGAUCAGGCGUGAAGGUUCCUCGUAACUUUCGGCUGCUGGAGGAGUUGGAGGAGGGUCAGAAGGGGGUGGGAGAUGGAACGGUGAGCUGGGGGCUCGAGGAUGACGAGGACAUGACCCUCACACGCUGGAGAGGGAUGAUCAUAGGGCCCCCCAGGACCAUCUAUGAGAACAGGAUGUACAGCCUACAGGUGGAGUGUGGCCCCAGGUACCCAGAGACUCCUCCCUUCGUCAGAUUUGUGACGAAGAUCAACUUGAACGGCGUGCAUACCUCGAACGGCGUGGUGGACACGCGGGCGGUGUCGGCCCUGGCCAAAUGGCAGAACUCGUACAGCAUCCGCGUCGUGCUGCAGGAGCUGCGACGACUCAUGAUGUGCAAGGAGAACAUGAAGCUGCCGCAGCCCCCAGAGGGACAGAUCUACAGCAACUAGACCCCCCCCCCCCCCUUCACCGCUCCGCUGCUUUUCUCUCUGUCCCUCCCCAUCCAUCUCUCCAGCAUUCACUCCAUCCAGCCCCGCGACCUCAGCGGCACACACCGGCAGCAAUGCCCCCCCGCACAGCUGCAGGCCUCUUACCUCGGAGACUGUAGGAGCCCCCUCCCCCCUCCACCCCCCCCCAUCUCUGGAGCUCCCUCUGGACCUCAGAGACCAUGAAGACGACGGCUACGGCCCAGACCUGACCAUUCGAAUACUGUACAUCUUACUAAUCUUUUUUUAUUAUUAUUAUUUGUUAUAAAUGCAGAUUGUACAAUAACAUAAAUAAUCUUAUUGAGUGCA